AUGGCCACCAGCCUAUUGGCAUCGCUCUUUGUAGCGUCCUCUUCGUCGAGCUCUGCUACUGACCCACCACCCCAUAGUAUCUCUGCCGGCGUGUCGCAAGACGAGACUCAGCUGCACAACCCCGCCGCUUUCGACCACCAUGCUGCCAUGCGCGACGCAGUUGUCUCGGACAAAUCAUCGACAUCCGCACCGACAACACAUGUGACGAGCACCAAAGACGUUCUAUCUUGCCCUCCCAGCUCGUCGCCUCCCCUUGCGCCAUCCGCUCUGCAGUCCUCCUCGAUCGCACCCGUCCGCUCGCCGUCGACACACAUGCCCUCGUCCUCGUCUAGCUCUGAAAAUCCUCAGCCUUGCGCUUCGUCGCCAGCCACGCCUGCACUGGAACCUACGUCGAUCGCCAGCCGUCCAGACUCGAGCUCGACACCGACAGUGCAACGCGCUUCGCGCCGACGAACCAUGCCCGCGCGCCUUUCGCAAGUUUCCUCGCUCCUUGCCGGAUCUAAGCUCGAAGAAGAGCUCAUGCUUCUCGAAACGCCUUGUUCGCCCUCCAUCUCUUCGUCUCAUCACAACACAGCUCAGUCAGAAAGCAGGCACGAUGCACCUGCACCGUCGCAACCUUCGCAAGCUUCGCACUCUUUGUCUCAUCGCUUCUUCACCGCUUCCUCCAUUGUUGUGCUUAGCUCGGAUGCGAGCUUGCUCGCUCGCGCCGUGUACCCGACUAUGCCGCCGUCGGCAUCGCAUUCGCAUGUCAAGAUCGAGUCUGAGCACGAUCAAGUCGACGCUUCUGUACCGGCAUCACCGAGCUCCGCGAACACGGCUGGCUUCCGCAGACCUUCAGCGCCAUCGUCGUCCUCGUCUCUCGUAUCAACGCUGGCAAUCAAGCGACAACAGCUCAUUGAAACGCCCGACUUCAAGCCGCGAGACGACACGCUCUACAUGCCCAAGACGCGCGGCUUACGCUCCGAGACAAUCGAAGACACCUCAGACGCUGCCUACGAGCGGCGCCAUCGCAAGCCCGAGGCGGCCGAGAAGCGGCAGAGAAAGGCCGAGGUAGAUCGGCUGUCCAGGGACCGACUUAAGCUGCUAUCACGCAUCGAGCAGCUCAAAAGUGUGGAAGCAAGACUGCUACAGCCGAUCGUUGUCGCUCGUGACCAGGUGCGAGCCGAAGUCAAAGCUCCAACCGACGUGUCGCCGACAAAAUCAUUGAGCCAGCGCACAGAGGAUGUGCGCCAGGAGCUGCUCGAAGAUGCCUACGACACGUUGAAACGGUACGACCUACUGCUGUCCACCACGAGCGAUGCCAAGCUCGCCUCGGCGCCUGCGCCGUCGACGUUGGCAACUAGGCCCGAAUCGGCUAUCGCACAGCACGAUGCUUCGCGCAGCCAGUCGCCGAGGCUCAAGAUCCGCAUCAAGCCACGACGCGCCAGUCCACAGCCCAAGCCGACAGUGGCGUCAGACGAGAGCGAUCCGUCGAGGAGGGUCAGCAGUCGGCAACCGAAACAGCGCAUCGAGAGUCUGCCCACCCCGCUCACCGCAGCGGCUGUCGAGGCGGUCGAGGACGGAAGACGCAAACGACGUAGGCUAUCAGCGACAAACUCGGCGUCGACCGUUGCACACGAGCAUGUGCCGACCAGGGGAUCACGUCGACGCGCCAGUCCCGAGGUGCGCGCCACGUUGAAGCGCAAGUCGACGCUCAACGAGCAGCCAGCGCAAGCCCCGUCGUCGAGGCGGCCACAGCGUGCUGCAGCUGCGGCUGCUGCAGUAGCUUCGGCGCUUCAACGGCAGUACGCAGAGCGGUCGUUCUCCGACCUCGACUACGAAGACGAGGAGGACGAGGAGGACGAGGAGGACGACGAAGAUCAAGAGGUCGAGUCUGCUCUCAAUGCCAGACUUGAUGCAUCAGCAAAGAGUCCAAGUCACACGGCUGGUUCAGCUGUGAAAACACGCGAUCACCGAUCGCACUCGGCGUCGUCGACAAGCUCAACAUCGUCCGUCUCGUCGAUGGCGUCUUCGCUCGGAUACAUGUAUCCGACACACGCCGACACGGGCUCGCUCAAAGUAUCGCAGUCGUUGGCCGAGAUGCAGGCGUCGGAUGCCGAGGCGUCGUCGGACUCCACGCUAUCCGCCACAGACUUGUCACCCUCUGCGAACAAGAGGCUCAAACUCGUGCUUUCUCGAUCGGCGGCCUUGACAGGCCGAGGCGCAGAAGAGGCAAAGUCGGUGCUCCAAGAAGCGCUAUCUAGCGAUACAGAACAGUCAAUCGAAAAGCGUCGCGCAUUGACCGAGAGCGAAGCGGAAAGCAUCCUGGCAGCGUUUCUAGGUACCACAAUGUUGGCCAAAAAGCACGCGGCGUCAGCGCACGGCGCCAACGACGAGCACGAUGCGUCAUCGAGCACAACCGACAUGGCUGUGUCGAGCGCUGGGUCGAGCGCUCCACCUCUGCAUCCCAGCGUACAGCCUACAGCGUCCAAACGCCGCUCCACUCGGCGCGACACAACGCAAUCGUUCGGCGAAAAACUGCCCGACCUGCUCACCAAACCGGCGCACUUUGAUUUCUCCAUCAUGCGCUACUUGAGGUCCAUCGACAAACCCACACACCAUCACUGA